AGCCAUUGCUUCUGCUUCCUCACCAUUAACUAUUGUAGUAAUAGAUGAUGUAGUGAUUACAACAUCCACCUAUUGUACUAAUAUUAAAUGUAGUAAUAAAUGUAGUAUCCUAUGUAGUGAGACAAAACUGUGGACAGGGUCAGCCAGUGUUUGGUAAAAAAAUGUCGAUGGACAUCUGCAGUUGGAUGACAGGGUCAGCCGGAGCUUGGUACCUCUGCGACAGCAGCCCAUUUGUUGAGAGUCAGAAGCAGCUGGGAAAGAAGUCGCGGAAGGAUCAUUACGGAUUUCCCCCAUCGUCCAUCUGACAUCUUGACCUUCUUGAGAAGCAUCCAUGAUCCUGAAGAACUUCCAACUUUUCUAAGGGGACGAGGAUCUAUUAAUGAGAAUGAACAGAGCAUCAGGAACACCAGGAUGUCUCUACUCAAGACGGAGGAUAUAGGUACCUCUAUCUCUAAGAUCGAACUGACAGUACGAUGACGGAACGAUUGGAAAGUGACGACGUCUCUGCGUCUUCAUCCAAGAUGCUGUACUCCAAGAGUGAUCCGCACCAGCAGACGCGCCUGCUUCUCUUCAUCGGUCUAGCCCUCUUUUCGCUGUCAUCAAUACUCUAUGCUAGUGGACUGUCUCACACCGUGUACACUAUGGCCUUGGUGACCAUAGGUCAACAUACUACCGUCAUGCAGAAACAUUCGCCAACUUCGACUCAGGUAGCUGAAAAAGACGAGGUACUAGAGGUCGGAGGUGAGUCACAACAUCCUUUGGCCCAUCAGCAUAAAGGAGAACACCAGAGGACGAGCAGUAGAAGAACGAAGAAAGGCACGCUGAGACGUGUGAUGGAGGAUGAUGUAGUGGAAGUACAAUCAUCAGUACAAUCAUCAUCAAAAUCUUCUAGUAGGAGAGGAAAUUUAGAUACAGAAUUCUUAGCAGGAGGUAGUAGUGCUGGCAUGAGCAGUAGUAGUUCUUCGGUAGUUGGAGGAGGAAGUUUGAAUUUGUUAGAACAAACUCGACAACUCCACUCAUCCUCUUCGCGUGCAGAGAAAGAGGGUCAACAAGGAAAAACCUUCAAAAAGGUGCGUCACAGUCGCGAAGUCAGCAAGAAGCUAGAGGGCAGUAGCAAAUAUCUUCGAGUUCAAGCCUUGGCCCAGCUGCAGAGCGGCAGGACCACUGCAACGCACCUCAUAUCAAGUAGUGCAGCACGAGACAAACUGUGGAAGGCCCUCGAGGAUCAACCUGAUUUAUGGCGUGAAUAAGAUACUAUGGACAGACUCCCCCCUUCUUUUUGUUCUCUCUUUUAGACGAUUUGACCCCCCCCGGUACAUAUAUUUAUAUAAAUAUGUUCCAGGGGCCAAGUAUGGAGUAACACUAUGCCAAAAGCGAACAUAGAAAAGCGGUUUUUUGGCCAAAAAACGCACAUAUAGCCCAGGGAUCAGGUGGGCAAUAUUCGUCUCAAAAUGGAAAAUUUUCAUUCUGAGACGAAUUAUGUACAAAUAACGCAAAAAAAGCGCUUUUUUGUACUUUAUUCGUCUCAGAAUGAAAAUUUUCCAUUUUGAGACGAAUACUGCCCAACUGAUCCCGGGGCUUCCUGUACGUUUUUUGGCUAAAAAACCGCUUUUCUAUGUUCGCUUUUGGCAUGGUGUUAUUCCAUAGGGCCAAGGCCCCCCGAUCUGAAUUUUUGAGGGGGGCCUCCCCCCCGGCCCCUUUUACCCGAGGGACUGCCGGGCGGGGAGGACUCCAAGCGCCCACCUCCGACCCCUCCCCGCUUCUUGCCUGGACUCCACAGAGCCCCCAUGCCUGAGGCCGUUGAAGCACCGGGGGCCGGGGGUGCAGGGCUUUCGAAGGUGGCAAAGGUGGCAAGGCUGGGCCCCCUUUUGCUUGUUGCGGCUUGUUGCGUGUACUCUACAGACCUCCAGGGUGCGGGUUCUUCACCGGGGGAGUUUCUUGGGAGGUGGUAGGCCUCUGGGGGCAGCACGUGGCAAGGCUUGACCCGUUUCGCCGUGCUGCAUGUACCCGGCGGCCUGCAGAACCCAGGCGGGCACGCCUUGCCACCACUCCUCCCCGGGCGUUUGGUGGUGGCGGACGCUGCCACCAAUUGGGGGGAUGAGGGCCAAAGGGGCCGGGCCUCGCGACCGUGGCCAUCUUCGGCGGCUUUCUUCCCCCGGAGGCCGUCCCCCUAAUUGGGUCCAAGAGUCGGGACGCCUGUGGGGUACACGCGGAGAGCCGCCAGGAGCCUCCGGCUCCGCCUUUUGCGGCUUUCGCACCCGUAGGCCCUUACAUGUCACUACCGCGGAAAAACGGAUGCGCGGACGCCCCCGCCGCACCAUGAUCCACAGCGGGGGGGAGCCUCCACCCCUGGGACAUAUAUAUGCUCGCAGCUUGCUUGAAUAAAGUAGACAUUGUGGCAGGAAUUAUAAUUCCCAUCUCUUCUAACGACCCAAGACUCCCAUUGCAAGGUUGGCGGCGGACGACAUUGUUGCAUGCGUCAGAUGUUCACGGCAGGGGACCUCGGACAGUCUGGAAACUUCUGCUUGGAUGUCUCUAGGUGCUCGGCUCAUGUCAACCAAAUAUUGCGGAACGAACAGGAGGGAUCGUGGUCGGACAAAUCAUCAAAAAAAGGAGGUGGUCCAGCUGUUCUGUUAUCAACAUCAUCAGAAAUCACACAAGGACAGCAAAGUUCUGGGACUGAAGGAAUCCUAGCCCCUCCUUCUCUUGCGGAACUCUCUAAACAACAAACGCAGCUGUCCUCGAGAGAAACAGCUUCUACUUCGCUGUUUGGUAGCGCUGGUGCGCUCACUGGAGCCCGGAAGUACGCGUUUGUCCUGUCAUGGUUCGGUGGGAGAGUACCUGUUACGAUGAUGGUGCUGUUUCUCUUGAUGUGAAUCACAAGCUGCAUGACCUCUUUGCGAUUGUGCACUUCGUGCCCAUCUCCAUUUCACAGAUUUACUUUUCUUACGUUGUUCGUUGUCUUACCGUUACUAGUACUUCUCGAGCAUCCUCUUCUAAGUAUUCCUUCUCGCAGCUAGGAAAUGUGGAGACGACUUUGUGGCAAGCGGAUCGGAUGCGAAAGCUCAUGCCCCAAGGGUCUGCUGUGGAUGUGGUUCUUUUGGUCUAUGUCGCACGACACGGAGACACAGAGGAGAAAAAAGCUGAAAUCUUUGAACAUUAUGAACCGAAUUAAGUUAAUUCCUAAGUUUUGCUUAGGUUAAUUCCUAGGUUAACUUAGGUUGCUUAGGUUAAUUCCUAAGCAGCAUAAGUAACCUCUUCACUACUAGGUAACUUCCCUUCUAAGGCCUGGGCGCGAAAGAAUUACGCGACCGUGGAAUCGUGGUGAAACGGGUGUUGUGGGACGUCCCUCCGCAAGCCAAAUUCCAGCCGACUGGUGGUUGGUGUGGACAUCAAGACCUGAUACGAAUCCAUGCCUUUGGGUUGACAGACUACGAUGCCAUUGCAUACUACGACAACGAUGUGGAGUUGCGGAAACCCACAAAAUUGCUAGAAAUGUUUCACUGUGUGGAUGGUUAUGGCUCCUGUCAGACAACAGCUACUGCUCAUUUUACUUCUUCUUGUUGCAGCAAGAAUACUGAGUAUACUCUCAAAGCCGAUAGAUAAUCAUCUAUCUUCAUGAAACUCCAUUUCUCGUCUGAAUCCUGUGAAGACGUAGCUGUGUUUACCUCUCCUAUCUUCUCAGUGGUCUAGGUCUCCUCUAAUCCUAUGCAGAUGUAACGCUGUCUACGGGAGGAGGUAUCGGGGAACCGUUGAAUGUGGGCUACUUUGCGAUGAAGCCUAGUGCGAAUGCCUUUAAUGCUGCCGUUACGUUGACGGAAACUGCCAACUACAACCUUGACUAUAGUGUCAGAGGCCGCGGCGGGUGGGCAGACAUGGGUUUUGCGCCGGUUGGUGGCUACUUCAUCGGAGCGGAAUGUGGACAAGGGUACAGUAUUCCAUUGACUGCACAUCCCUACACGAUAUAGAAGCUGCCAACUUCUCGAAUCUGUUUCUAUUCUCUUACUGUUCCACUUGGUGUUUCCAGAUGUAAAAAACGACAUCAAGGUUCUGGACAUCUUUGUUCUAUCGUAUGGACAAUCCUGUUGUGCGAGCUGCCUGGCAAGCGCAUGGGGUGACCAUAGACGAAGGCAAAAAUCGAGCAAAAAUUCGUGCAGCCCAAACAGACCGCUGUACGUGGAAUUACCAGACUUCAAUGUGGUGCGAGAGCCUACCAAACUGCGACAAAGUUGUUUAAGAUGAAGGCGUGAAGCAAGAAAGUUUAGAAACCAACACUUUUAGUUAGUACACGACAAUGCUGGGCUGUUUAAAUGGAAACAGCGACCAUGUUUUUUCAUAAACAUACGCUUACCGACAUAUAUAUACUUAAGUAGUUCUAGUACAACCUCUAACUUCUUGCCCAGCACAAGCCGGACGACUCAUCACACGUGGCAAGGCAACAAGACAACGACUGCCUCAAGAAGACACUGCCGAAAUUGAAACGGGAAGUCGCUCUCGAGUCUAGCGGAAUGAUGUCAGGGGUAGAUCAUAUGGACCAAGAGGAAAAUUCCAAGGUCAAGCUGGUUGAAACUGGUAGUGCAACUUCUGAAGAGACAGCUGGAGGUGAGCAGCGUCUGGAAGAACUCGUCCGUGAGCGGCAAUUACGCCGUCAGGCGAAUUUGCAGGCCAACAUUGAAGAGGCCUUUCAUGUUGCUGAUCUCUUUGACGCGACCCACGGUGGAGACAAGAGCAAAGCGUUAUGCAGACAAUUUGAUUUACAGUCAUUGUGGUCACGCUUUACCACGACCACGAGUGUUCUUUCCAGUUACUAGUAUAUACAACAUUUUUGUCGUCUAUUUUUAAGUCUAGCCCAUACAACACAUGCUGGGUCUUGUCAUUUUUUCCUUUCUUAGAAUGCUUUUUCUCCGCCACCAACUGAACUCCUCCUGCAAAUAAAUUCUAAGAUCUUCCCAGUCCCAAGAUCCCAGUACAGCAGACAGCGGCAAAGGGCAAGAGCAAGUGGCUUUGUCUGGAUGGGAGGCCGAUCAUUCGCGUGACAAAAGCAGUGUCGAUCCUCUAGAUCUAGUGUCUAUUGCACCACGCGCCGCUCGAUCGGCAUGGCCCACGUUCACGAGGCUUGGCGUGCCGGCAAGCUGCAAGCAACCUGAGUGGCUGGCUUCAAAGCAGCACGAUGUUUUGGUCGUCCCACCUGCCAGCACGGGAGCCGCAAGUGGCAGUAAUCGUCAUGCGAGGAUUCUGAUUACUAUACCAGUCUUAUGAGGAAAAAAGAAAUGGUGGGAAGAGGAAGUAGAUUCGGAAUCUGAGAAUAGGCAAGUAAAUUGAUUCGAGGAUGGUACUUUACUCGGUUAUUUCAGUUUUUCGAAUAGAUGGAACUUCAACAGAAGGCUCUAGUAUUUCAUUCCCCAAACAACAGUUGUACUUAUCAGUACUAACAGGGUUGUGCACGUGCUCUACUACUUCAUCAUCAUCAUCAUCAUCUAAUUCCAUACGCUGACUUAACAGCUCGCGAGGAGCACAGGACGUGGGUGGCUGGCAGUGGUAUGCAGUUGCCACGCACCAUCUAUCUGAUGCUGGCUGCUACCACACAACACGCACGCAAAUUUGGUCAUGGUGUCUUGGUUCGUCGGGGCUUGACCAAAAGCUCUUUGUACAGUCAAAGUGCUCAGACCUCCACUAGUUCUUCGAACAAGGAUAAUGCGAACAAGGGAUCUAGCAAAUUAUCCCUACUCGAGCACGAGGCAGCGACGAGGGAGCACAUUAUGAUGGAAGGGAUGAAAGGAGGUCUAGGUCAAGGUAGUUUGUCCAAAAUGGAGACCGCAGAAUGGAAGUCCAUGUUUCAAGAAGGAGCAGCACCAACACAUAUGCUAGAGGGAGAGCACCUACUGCCGUGGCAGCGGAAAGACUGUCAGCGAUCCUCGGAUAAGAAACUGAGAAAAGAUUACGGCUAGUUGUUGUGCCAGAUGAUCUUCAAGGGCUUUGCUGCUUGUUCUGGCAAGCAGGGCAAUUGUUUCUGUUGUAACCAUGUAGAACUAGUACCUAGGAGAUGUACUGUAGAUCUACAAUAGAUCUACUUAUGUAGAUCUACAAUAGAUCUACGUAUGCCAUCACUUUACUUACGUACUUAAAGUCUCUAAUUUUCAUUGGAAUGCGGUCGUGCGUACUGGCGGGAGAACGCAAAUUUCGCGAAGCAUGUUUUGAUGUGGGAUUAUUUGAACAUGGAGAUGAAAAAUCGUAUCCGAGGAGGAAUGAAAGAAGGACGUACAAACAUUUUUUUUGUACCAUCUUGAUUCACGUCGCCUUUUUUACCAUCUUGAUUCACUACAACUUUCUCGCUUCUCCAUUCUCUGCCUCACAGAAGGACGAAGUGAUUUCAUCAAACUUCUCCCCUUAAGGAAAUCUUAGGCAGCUCGCCGAAUAGAUUCAAUUCAUCAAGUAAAUAAUUGGAUGAACAACUACACAUCAACAGAAAUGGUUCCACGCUUCACGCAUGUGGGUAUGAUGGAUGCAGAUGCCAUGCUGAUGAAUUAUCAUUUGGACUCCUUAGGGAUUUUGGCUUACCAACUCCAGAAGACGGGAAAGGAUGUCUUUUUCGCUGCAGAAGACUGGCUUCCACACGGUGACGAACAUCAGAAGCAAUUGAACAGGGAGAGACUGAAUGUUAUGAAGCUUUAGGAAGUCUUCCUUUAAGUUUAACUGUUAUAUCUUCGAGAUUAGGGAGAGACUGAAUGUUAUGAUGAUUUAGAACUUCCUUUAACUGUUAUAUCUUGUUCGAGAUUCUAAAAAUCUUCACGAGCAUGGAUCAUGAUCGAGAACUUAGAACUCGCCCUUCCACCUCGGAAGAGAAGCUUGGUCGACAGUUUCGGAAUACUGACCUGGGCAACAUUCCACUCCCAUUCUCUACUCAAGAAAAACGCUGAGUCCUCAGAGUCCGAGGCACUACAACUGUACUAUUUGAAAAUCAUGAUUAGCAGUCAUGCAUAGUGUUUCCUUCAAUCCAUCUCUAAUCUUAGUGGUUUCCUGUUCGCAAAAAACAACGAUUUCAGCCGCAAACUCUUCUCGGAUACGGUUAAAAGCCAUGAAAUCCAUGAUCCUGAGUCGCGCGGUCGAGUACGUCACAAAUGGGCACUUUUCGAAUCGGGAAGAUUGGCGAAAGUAUCAAUUAGAGGUUUUUAACUCCGCAACUAUGUUCACCUUACUUUGAUAGUUGUAUCUGUACAUCAUUACAAUCUUUUACAACAGAAUGGUCCGAUUUGCAGCAUGAACGAGCAAAUGUGCUUGAACGACCUGAUUUGGAACCAGUCGAACGAGUGGAGACGAAAGCACGUUAUGUUCGGCGAAGGCCUGUACUGGAAUCGGGGGAGUAAUAACAAUUAUGGUGGAAGAACGAACUACUCCUAUUUGGCUAAAUUAUAGCAUAAGUGAUACAACUCUAAGUAAAGCAUUCGGUGUGGGUGUCCUGAAGAAUUUGGAGUACAACAAGUACUACUUUUUACACAAUUUAGCGAGAGAAUCAACACCUUCUAACCCUGAAUCCCCUUCGAUCCUGCAAAGACUCAUGUGGCUCAUUUGAUGGGUGGCGCUCAACGUUUUGAGGCGACUCAGAUGCUCUGCGACAAGGGAAUGUGGAACUAUGUACCUGGCGCAUUAGGGUACUCGGCCAGACGCAUGUUAGCGCCGUUGCAGGCGUUCCCUAAGCAAGGUGCGGUGGCCCAAUCCGCGGGAGCUGGUGGUGGGGGGUUGCCGUUGUGCUUAAGGCCAAAAGGAAGGUUGAUAGUCUCAAAAUGAAGAAAACGCGUGUGACUCGAGAACGAAUUUAAUGAAAUAGAAGUUGCUCCUCGACCUCGUCGAUUAAAAAUCCGUCUAUUCCUAUUGGAGGUCUCCUCUAGCUCCGUUUCCAUCGUGGUACUCCUCUAAUGUGAAGCGGCGUCGGCGUUGCGGAUGGUGGUUUGCCAACAGCCAACUUGGUAGAGUUGGAGGAAGUUGGCCAGUGCCGCGAUUGGACCGAAGGUCGGCGUUGGGAGCCCGUAAGGGGUCAUAAGUAUGGACACUUCUGCCUAUUCAUCGUAGUAUGUACUUACUAGAGUCAGUCGUCGUGCCUUUGAGGACUACGAAUCAUAUCUACUAGGAGAGGAACAAGAACGAGUAAGUAUGAUCAUCCUCGUCGUGGUCCUCAAGCUCAACCUCAACCUCAUCAUUGAAGACAGCGUGGUCAACCCCAGCACGCCCAUCUAACACAAAGAUGGUGGUGCCAAUAUCGAUACAUCGAGUCUCGACGACAAGGAGCCAGCAGGAUCGCCUUGGACGCCAGAGCUUCUCGCAGAAGCAGAGGAUGUCAGCACUGCUCUGUUACUUGCAGAAAUGGACUCGCGUGGGACGGCGCUGCUCGGUCAUGGAAAAGGUGUUGGGCGACAGUCGGCGGCGAAGAAUAGAGCAGAAACACAUUUGGUCCAGCUACACUCCUCGAGACGAGAGAAAGAGGGCAAGGAGAUUUAUGGCAUGAUAGACACCACUUUGUAAUGAUGGGAUUUUGUAGUCGAUAGAUAAACGGCUUCUGAGGAACUCAAGCGAAAGUGGUCAGGCAAUGGAAGGUCUUGGAGUAGUUUCUCAAAAAAAGAACCUUAAAUAGCUUUGAUGUUUGAGUAGUAAAUCUUCUAAGAAACAAAGCAAAGUAGCAAGAACAACAUCAAGAAGGAAGUAGCAAAAGGUGAACAGAUCACGAAGUCAGCUCGUUCGAUGCGCGUGGCACAGGAGAGUCAAAAGCUGAGUAUGCAUUGCUGCAAGGAGCAUCGCAGUAGCUGCUGUGGGGAAGACGGAAUCAAUAUGUCAAAACCUUAUUAAGGCGAAAUAUGUUGGAACACGUCUUAUACAUAGAGCAGGUAGUUGAUAAUGUGCCUACAAGAGUGGACGCUGAGUCACGUAGAAGUCCGAAUGAAUUCCAAUCCCCCGAUCAUUCUUGACACAAUUUGCAUCUAACCUCCCAGGGCGUUGAGCCUCGCCCAGAAUCGUCGACUUGCUUUUUAUCUCCACAUUGGUCAGGAAGGACAGAAAACCGCAGUUCUGUAUCAGAUCGAACGCAUUCAGUGGUUUCAUCCUGGUGCCAUCAUUUUUGUCUCGAGUGAUGGGGCAGCUGAUUUCGAACCAUUUUGCGAUCAGGUAAAUGCAAAGUUCGUUGCACCACAGAACAAUGGUGGUCGUGGUUCUUCGGCACCAUCAAGUACUACUCCAGACAAAAGUAUCAAGAUCUGCUAUGCGGCAAACUGUCCAUCAGCAGAGGAUAGAUGGCACCCAUGGCCUUUUCUGAAUCGGCUGCAUCACGCAGCAGCAACAGUGCCGAAGAGCGUCGAGUACGUUGUAAUGCUCGAACCCGAUACGACAAUGCACACGGCUAUCGACCUGGAUGGUGACGAAUCGAUGCAGAAGUACGACGCAGGAGGCAUCAGGGACCAUAAUUAUGUGAAGUAGUACAAGAACAAUUUGAAUUGUUGUGAUUUUUUGAAGAGUUGCCUACCGUGGUGAAAGAAUGUAUUCAUCUAAAACCUCCCAGCAACGCCACCGAAUCGUCUCUAUGACAUGUUGUGCACCACUCACGAGUAGGUCUUACACUGAUAGUGAACAUUAACAUAACUACGUCAUUCUUCCUGAUCUAACCUUCCCCACGUUGGAGCGAGACGAUGGUUGACCAUCUUCAGACGCAGGCACGCAAGAUCAAGGGCAAGGAAGGAUAUAAGAUGCCGUGGUUGGGUAACGGUCUUGCGGGCGGCAGCUUCUACAAAAAGGAAGCCAUUUUGGAUGCCUUUUCGGUGAGUGUUUUUUUUUCCUUUAGAUGAAUCAAUCUAGAUUCAGUUAUAUUUUUUAUCGUUUUUCAUCUCUUCAGUCAAGAACAACGAAUUGCAAUGCUUCACUUUCCAUUAGACAUCAACAAUCUCGCCCUAGGACGAAGCAGUAAAAGCAGUGGAUUGGAAGACGAUUUUGAAGCUGGGGCAUGGCAAAGAUACCUACUCAAGUGACUUCGCGAUGCCUGUUGUGCUUGCUUUGAGGGGAUGGAGCUAUGCCCCAUGGAAACAAGGCGUGCGACAAGCGGAAUAUUAUGGCUAGGUUUUUCAUCAAUCAAUUUGAUGUCGUAAAGAACUGUGUAAGUAGAAAAAGCAAUAGACAACAUACAAAUUUAAAACUAACCUGAUCAUGUUUUUCCUCUAAUCCUCUGGCCAAGCACCUGGUGACAUUGACCGUGAGCAGCCUUCGGAGCCGGUUUUUAUCCACUACAGUCGCAAUUUCGGAAAAGUAGGUGGCAAACCGGAUGAGCAGAUGAACAGGGGAUUCUUCGAUAAAGUGAAGCAGGACAAGACAGCUGUGGAUCCAUGCGAUGGCGUAACUUUGGCAUCUCUUGCGGACGAAAAGAAUGCUGGUGGGGUGCUGCAGGAAGAUUAUGAUAUACAGCUUAUUAUUUUUGUUACUUCCGAUAUAGAUUUGGAUAGAGAUGAGUGACUUAAGUAAUAACUUCUUCCAGCGUCCUCGUACUCCGCCUCUAAAAAAAGAAGAUCGAGAAGCUAUCCCACUGCAUACGGUCAUUGGGUAAGACAUAUGUGAAGCCCAUUGAUGCCAGUUGGAGGAAGCAUGCGCCAAAUGUCUGUCAGAUGUGCUGGAAUUUAGCAGAAUACAAACGCCGAUUCGGAACGGACAAAUUUAAGAAAACGAAUUGAAAGACAAAUUCUUAAAUGAACAAAGCACACAAACUACAAUAUAACCGGUCGUAGUUUCUCACCAGUUCCUCAUAGCUGCAUGCCUCGGUCAAAACUUCAACUCACGUUGUUUUUCUAUUCCAAAAUAUAUAAUCUCUUCUAAUGCAAGCGCGCCCUCGUACGAUUUCGAAUAUCCAGAAGGCACAGUUUCGAAUGACAUGGCACCUGGUCCCGCGGGUGCAGUGCGCAGGAUGGGCAGAAGGUGAAAAAUAGAGAAAAAGCGGUGAAGGAUAGAAGAUAAAAAUAGGGAAAGGUGGGUAGUCGUAGUUUUAUGAUUUUGAUUGAUUAUAGAGAUAGUCGGACACGGUUGUACUUGCACUUCUAGGUGAUAGUUGGUAUCCAAAACAUACGGUUGUACAGUUGUGGAAAGAAGUCGAAAAGGAAUCGUGUUUGUUUCGGAAUCAUAGCAGCAUAAAGAUGCGCCGGAAGUACUUAUGUGAAGGGCAACAUGUGAACAUUGAUUUUGAUACCAUUUAUUAGAAAAAAUUUCAAGUUGAUUUUCAUUCGACGACGAUAGAUGCAGGAUUUUUCAAGUUAGUUUGCGAACACUUAGCGACAAUGACAAAGACAAAUCGGCCAAGAAGCCCAACAUGUACAGAAGAAUUUCAACUAAAUAGAUACCACGACAACGAAAAGCAUAUCGCUUUCAAGAAGUCAUGAGUCAUUUUGCUGGAAUGUAGUAACAUUUUUGAGAGGACUCGCUCCUGCAUUACACCAAGACCGACACUGAUUAAGUCUAAACAAGGAUGGAAUAAUGACACAGCAUACAACAGCGCAGCUCUACCUUUUCAAGGCCCUGAAGCUGAAAGAAAAGAUGAUGUAAGUAGGAAUUUUGAAAAUAUUAAGUGACGGAAUGACUCUUCCCAUACCAAAAAAGUCCGACGAGAUCAAAUUGAAUGUCCAGGAAAUCCAAAU